UUGCAUUCUCUGUCCAUUAUAAGAAUGUACAAAUUCGUUCUCAGUUGCGGAAUUUUUUGUUCGAUUUUUAUGCUCUGCGCUGUAGAUGGGAGCAAUAUAAUAGAGUGUGGAGUGAACGAAGAAUAUAAAGUGGAUUGCGAAUCGCCCUGCGAAAGUGUAUUAGAAGAGCCUUGUCUUGGACAACCGAAAUAUUCUGGAUGCAUGUGUAAAACUGAUUUUAUUAGAGAAAAAAGUACAAAUAAUUGCAUUCCUAUAGAAAAAUGUAGUCAGCGUGUCUGUCAAGAACCGAAUACAAAAUUAGAUUUAAAUGGGCGAUUUACAGUUUGUACCGGACCAGGCUUAGCUUAUACUGGAUAUCCAUUCCGACCACAACCCGUCUGCACAUGUGAGAAUGGAUUUGCUUCAAGUGAACCCAAUUUGAAUGAAUGCAUUCCAGUAUCUGAAUGCCAAGCACCAUAA